AUGAAGAAGAUGGUCUGGGCAUCUAUGCUGCGCUUCAUCCUCUCUUGGCUCAUGAUGCACACCGGGAAUAUGUUUUUGGGAUCUUAUGCUUGUUUGGCUAAUGGGACGACACGCUCCUUCUUGUGUCUUGGCAGCAAAGUGCAUCAGAUGCCAUGCUAUAUACCAAAAAACACCACAUACGUGGAGAUCAAGCUGACUCAGAUCAUCACGUUUCCAAGUAGAGCCAUGUCAUCACUUCAUGACCUCAAGCGAAUAAUGGUGUCAGAGAACGGAGCCCUCCAGCAUACUGAAGCCUACGCAUUUGCAAACCUGACUAAUCUGGAAGAGAUUACUAUUACCAAAUCAAAAAAUCUUGUCAGUAUGGACAGACGCACAUUCUGGGAACUUCCAAAACUGAGAUAUCUGACUAUUUCAAACACGGGUCUCACGGUCCUACCCGACUUCUCCAAAGUCCAGUCUGCUGCUUUUGAAUUCUUGUUUGACCUAGAAGAUAACAUGCAUAUUGACGUGAUACCCAGCAAUGCUUUUGCAGGACUUACCAGUGGUACAAUAACUGAACUGAGACUGACAAAGAACGGGAUCACUGAAGUGGACGAAAAUGCCUUCAAUGGCACCAAGAUAGAAAAACUGUUUCUCAUGGGAAACCAACAGCUGAAGCGUAUCCACAACUACGCCUUUCUUGGUGCUGAAGGCCCCCUCGUUCUGGACAUCUCCAGCACUGCGGUCAGUUCCUUGCCAGAGAACAUGCUGAGCAGAUUGAAGCUGUUGAUUGCCACCUCGGUCUACUCUCUGAGAUGGUUACCCAACCUGGAGACAUUCGCAGAGCUUACUCAGGCCAACCUUACAUAUCCCAGCCACUGCUGUGCCUUCAAAAACUUCAAAAAGAACAAGUCAGAGAAGAACCAUUUGUGUAACGAUUCCACCAUCCGCAACCAGGAGCCAUACUUCUUUGAGGAGUACUGCAAGGACGUAAUCGAAGUGAGAUGCUACCCCGAGCCAGAUGCUUUCAACCCGUGUGAGGACAUCAUGGGCUUCACCUUCCUGCGUGUCCUCAUCUGGUUCAUCAGUGUGUUAGCCGUCUUGGGAAACAUCACAGUUCUGGUAGUGCUCCUCAGUAGCCGCACAAAGCUGACAGUCCCCAGGUUCCUGAUGUGCCAUUUGGCAUUUGCUGAUUUCUGCAUGGGCCUGUAUUUACUGAUAAUCGCCUCUGUAGAUGUCAAAACCCAAUCGCACUACUACAACUAUGGCAUCAAGUGGCAAACAGGUGCCGGGUGUGGUGCAGCAGGCUUCCUCACAGUUUUUGCCAGCGAGCUUUCUGUGUACACGCUAACGGCCAUCACACUCGAGCGCUGGCAUACCAUUACCUACGCCAUGCGUCUGGAGCAGCAACUGAGGUUACACCAUGCAUGUGGAGUCAUGGCUUUUGGUUGGCUCUUUUCGGUGCUUGCUGCUCUAAUGCCAGUGAUGGGUGUAAGCAGUUACAUGAAGACCAGCAUCUGUCUACCCAUGGACGUAGAGACUGUGUCAUCACAGGUCUACAUUAUGCUGCUGCUCAUUCUCAAUGUGCUCGCUUUUGUGGCUGUGUGUACUUGCUACGUGCGCAUCUACGUCACAGUGCGGCAUCCUGCCUCGCUGCCGGACAGUGCCAAUGCCCAUGUGGCGAAGCGCAUGGCUGUGCUGGUCUUCACAGACUUCCUGUGCAUGGCGCCAAUCUCGUUCUUCGCCAUCUCGGCAGCUCUCAGGCAACCGCUCAUCACCGUGUCCCAUGCCAAGGUGCUGCUCGUGGUCUUCUAUCCUAUCAAUUCAUGUGCCAAUCCUUUCCUCUAUGCCUUCUUCACCAAGAACUUCAAGCAGGACUUCUUUGUUCUCACCAGCCGCUUUGGUUGCUUCAAGUCACACACCCGUGUCUACAGUGCAGAAACAUCAUCUCUGCAUAACGGUCCGAAGAUGUGCUCACCCAAGAAUAGUGAUGGGACACUAUACUCAUUGGGGCAUGUUGCUCAUCCAGACUGA